UUUUUAUCUAAAAGUUAACAAAGCAGGGAGCUGCACACUUCAAGCAAUGUUUAAUAAAUAUGCUGAUAAACACAACCAAAUUGUUGGAAUGCCAUGUAGUAAUUCUGGUGGUGAGAGACACUUGGUGGGAUGGCCUGAACCAUUUAAACCAGAACAUUUAAUCCCUCUGAGCAAGAACUACACAUAUUGGGAACAUCUAAAUGAGCAUAUAAAAUACAGUUCAAAAAUUAAACAAGUUAUGGCCCCAGGGAGUGUUUUCAUUGCAUCAAUCCGUGAACCACUUUCACAUUUCUUUUCAUAUUAUAACUUUUACCAGAUGGAGAAAACCUAUAAAGGAUAUCUCAAAGAGCCUAAUAAAUUCAAAUAUUUUUUAGAUAACAUUAAAACUAUGCGGCACCUUGAACUGAUCCAUCACAUGCCUCCUAGUAACCCAAUUGCACAAUGUUUUGGAAUCAAACAGGAGGAACAAUAUAACAUCACAGCAAUACAAGAAAAAAUCAAUGAAAUUGAAAUGGAGUUUGACUUAGUGAUAUUAGCUGAGUUUAUGGAUGAGAGUUUGAUUUUGUUGACUGAAUGCUCAGAUUUAACAAUCGAAGAUGUGGUCAUCUUAAAAAAUGCAAAUGUGAAGAACAUUAAAAAAUCCAAGCCAAUUUUAACUCCUAAUGAAUAUGAGAACUUAAUCCAAUGGAACUUAGCAGAUUCAAUGAUAUACAAUCAUUUUAAUAAAACUCUAUGGGAAAAGAUUGACAAUUUUGGUCGUCACAAAAUGGCUAUAAAAAUC